AUGUCCGGAGACAACCAGAAGACCGAGCAGCAGCCCGAGGUCAAGGGUGUCGCUGCCAACACCACUCAUGGUCCCGAUCAGUACGCGGACCGCUAUAUUCGCACUCCUGACGGCCGCUACACCGGUAUCACCGAUGACGAGGCUGUCCUUGUGGAGAUGUUCCGCCGCGUCCAGCGAGAGACUGGCGUUGCUGCGGUGCCGUUUCACAUGUUCCCUGUCACUAAGGCCGACUCCGAGGGGUUCAAGAAGAAGGCUGUCGAACAUCGAAUGGUCGCAAACCUUGGCCUCGCUCUGGAGAAUGGCAAGAAGGAGGGACCUUCUGAGGACCAGAACCUCGAAGCCAAGGCCAACUCCAACACCAAGAACGAUCGCCCAGCAGUUAAUAAGCGGCUCUGCCUCGCUUAUGCUGAUGCGACCUGUAAGACUUUCGCUGACUGGACUAGCUCCCAACUUUCCCGAACACUCAUCCACGAUGUUGAGGAGAUGUCUACGAACCAGAACAGUCCGUACGUCACGACCCGUGAACAAGCGGUCGUAGAAGCAUGGAGUCAGGGUUUCAAUGUUGGAGCUAUUGUCAUUCUGAUUUUGCUGGUUCUGUGCAAUUAUCGCAGGAAAACGCUCCUGCAUAAGCUCAUUCUUGGUGAAUUACUGCUUGCGCUUGGACAUGGCUUCUUUGCAUUCUUCGAAGAGCCCGAAUAUGGAUGGAUUUUGAGCAGCACCGCGACUCUGCUAUACAUUUCUUACUUCAUUCAUAAUCUCAUCGCUUGGCUAAAAAUUCGACCGUUUCUCCCGAAAUGGGGCGCAAGAGGCUUCAUCAUCACACUCCUCAUGGUUCAGCCAUACUGGGUACUGGAAACCUGGGCCAACUUCCAAUAUCAUAACCAUCUCGGCAGCCGAAUCUUUGACACGACGCGACUACUCGAACCAUUAUUCAGAGACCCAUGGUGGGUGUUCACUACCGUCAAAUUGGUCAUGGCUAUCAGAGAGAACUACGAGUUUACGAUUCCUGGUCUGCUCGCUCUCGUUUUCAAAUGCGCAUCCGAUGUAAUCUUCCUCGACGACUUCAAGAGUGUACUGGACCGAAUCUCGGAAUCAGCGAUGAGAAAAAUCACGACCUUCGAAUACCGAGAUAAUACUUCGCCAUCGCUACAACAACCUGGAUCCGAACGAAAGCAGUCACGAUUUGGGUCGUCUUCAAGAGCCGAGAUGGGGUCGAUACUACGGCCGAUGGGCUCUCGAGAUGAUGGUCAUUACGAGUUCGCAUCCAAUUUCAGUCAAGCGUUUAUGGAGGACGGAACACAGAGGCCAUGGCAUGAGGAUGAUUUACGAAGGAUGAGCACGCAUUCGCCACGCCACAGAGGCGAAUCUGAGGAUGCCAUGUUGCCAAUUGAAGAGGUAAGCUUCACAAGUUUGGGUAAAGGUUCGAAACGCUGA